AUGAAUCCAUCAACUCAAAUCGUUGUGAAAAUGUCAAAUGAAGAACUAUGGAAAGAAAGAUAUCCAAAUAUGGAAAUGAUUUCAAACAGUAAAAGAAUUACUCCAAUUUUCCCUGAAAUCAAAUUCAAAAUCUCUGGAUUGGAAGAAAAUUCAAGAUAUGUAUUGGUACUGUCACUUGAAAAGAUGGAUAAUAUCAGAUAUGGAAUAAAUGAAAACAAAGAAUGGGCUCCAUCGUCUGCUCGUAAACCAAAACCACAUCAUAAUAUGAAGUUUUUCUUUCAUCCAGAAGGAACAAAACUUGGAAAAGAAUUGAUGGCUGAAACAGUUGAAUUCACUUCAGUGAGGAUUACAACAAGUGAGAAAUUAUCAGAAAAGGAGAAUGUGUUCUAUGUUCACACAAUGCACAAGUACGUGCCUGUGCUUACAAUCAGGAACCUAACAACCGGAGAAAUUGCCUCAAAUAUCUUUAAAAUGGAAAUUGCUCAAUUCUUCCCAGUUUCAAUUUAUCAGCAAGCUUCCAUGGGAAGAUGGAAGUCUGAUUUGAACAAGCAUUCAACUUUUGGAAAUAGGUCAGAAGGUGGAAUAAAAAGAAAAACUUCUGAUGCAGCUGGACAACUACCAUCAAAAAGGUCAUCGAAGAAGCCUGUAAAGAAGGAUGUUGUGGAUAAUUCUGAAGUUACUCUAGAAGUGAAAACGUCUCAAUAUCUUGUGAAUCAAAACGAGAGUAAUCUAACUGAGUAUAUUCCUUCUUCUCCACUCUAUUCAUCCCAAAACCAGUAUCAAUAUCCGUUCCAUCCAUAUUCUCCAUUUGACUCAUCUAUCCCAUAUCCAUACUCUCCAAUGGAUUACUCUUAUUACUUCAAUCCAACUUUCCAAUCAUUUUCCCCAGAAAAUGUAUAUUUUGAUGAAAAUAGAAACCCCCAUUAA